AUGGUAGCUUCUGUUUAUCCAUUGAUCCUACUCUUCUUCUGUUUGCAUGCUCUUCAUCUAUCAAAGUCUCAACCAUUCAUCGGAGUAAACUACGGUCAAGUCGCCAACAAUCUCCCGCCACCGUCAGCGACUGUGAAGCUUCUUCAAUCAACAACCAUACAGAAAGUCCGGCUCUACGGAUCCGACCCGGCGGUUAUCAAGGCCCUCGCGAACACAGGGAUCGAAAUCGUGAUCGCAAACAACGACGUACCCGGUUUAGCAUCCGACCCGAAUAUCGCCCGGAGCUGGGUCCAAACCAACGUGGUCCCUUAUUAUCAGGCGAGCAAGAUCAUUCUCAUCGCCGUGGGAAACGAGGUAACAAACUUCGGCGACCGUAAUCUCAUGUCGCAGCUCUUGCCGGCGAUGAGAAAUGUCCAAACUGCCCUCGAGGCGUUGUCUCUCGGUGGAAAAAUUAAGGUUACGACGGUGCACACAAUGUCGGUUCUUGGCCAGUCCGAUCCUCCGUCGGCCGGCGUAUUCGGAGCACAUGCUGAUAUAUUGAAGGGACUGUUGGAGUUUAACAGUGAAACCGGGUCGCCUUUUAUGAUUAACCCGUACCCGUUUUUUGCUUACCAGGAUGACCCGAGACCCGACACGUUGGCGUUUUGCUUGUUUCAGGCCAAUCCUGGCCGUGUCGACGCCAAUAGUAAGAUCAAGUAUAUGAACAUGUUCGAUGCUCAGGUUGAUGCGGUGCAUUCAGCUUUGAGCGCGAUGGGGUUUAAGGACGUAGAGAUAGUGGUCGCUGAGACUGGAUGGCCGUACAAGGGAGAUCCGAACGAGGCCGGCGCGACUUUAGAGAACGCUAAGGCUUACAACAAAAACCUAAUCGCUCAUUUGAAAUCCAUGGCGGGGACGCCGCUCAUGCCCGGGAAAGUGGUCGAUACAUACUUGUUUGCAUUGUUCGACGAGAAUCUCAAGCCUGGCAAAGGAUCCGAACGAGCUUUCGGUUUGUUCCAGCCUGAUCUAACCAUGAGUUACGAUGUUGGGCUCACAAGGACUAAUAACCAAACUUCCAUGGCUCCACAGUCGCCAAUACCACGUUUCCCACCAGCCGCGGCGCCUACAAGACAAACCUUACCUGCUCCGCCGCAGAUGAUCCUCCCUUCACCUACUUCUCCCUCCGACAAAAAUUCUGGACAAACCGAUGUUCACAAUUCUACUCCUCGCUCUGCUUCUCUAGCCCACUUGUGUUGUUCUAUCUCUAUUUUGACAACAAUGUUGUUUGUAUCUAUAAACUUGUAUGCAUUUAUCAUAUAA